AUGACGUCUGCUGUGUUGGAGUAUGAUGGAUCGAUGUUGACAGACUGGGUUAACUCACUAGUGAUACGUGAGAAAGCCAAUGGCCGGCUGCGCCUAUGUCUAGAUCCCAAGGACCUCAACCGGGCCAUCAAAAGAGAUCACUACCCUGUGCCUACUCUCGAAGAAAUCACACCUAAGCUAUCCGGUGCUAAAAUGUUUAGCAAGCUUGAUGCCAGAAACGGCUAUUGGAACAUCGAGUUAGAUGAACAAUCUACGUACCUCACCACAUUCAACACCCCUUUUGGCCAAUACCGAUUCUUGAGAAUGCCCUUUGGUCUCAGGAUGAGUCAGGAUGUUUUUCAACAAAAGAUAGACGAAACCUAUUGUGGCUGUGAAGGCAUUGUAGGCAUCGCUGAUGAUAUCCAAGUAUUUGGCAAAAGCGCAAGAGACCAUGAUAUACACCUCCAUGAAGCCAUGGAACACACCAGAUGUGCAGGGAUCAAGUUGAAUGCCAAAAAAUGCAUCAUCAAAACAACUAAGUGUAGUUUCUUCGGACUGAUAUACUCACCCGAUGGAGUGAGGCCCAACCCAGAUAAAGUAAAGGCAGUUGAAAUGAUGCAGCCCUCAGGUGACAGAAAACAACUGCGAACCUUCCUGGUCAACUAA